CGUCUGUAUAAGGAGGACUCCAUGAUCCAACCAGUCCUCCCCCCUCUUUUCCUCUGCCGUAGAUUAACCCCCACCCUCCCCACACUUUUUCGAGUUCGCACCAUCCAAAGUCCCCAAAGACCCCAAUCCACCAUGUCCGCCGUCGAAGAAUCGAAGCGCGCCGCCGCAAAGGUCGCUGUCGGAAACCACUACCCCAAGGAUGCCCGCUGGGUCGGUAUCGGCAGUGGCACAACGAUCGUGUACGUCGUGGAGGCCAUCAAGGCCCUCGGAGUCGACACCUCCGCCACAAAGUAUGUCCCGACCGGUUACCAGUCCAAGCAGUUGAUUAUCAGUGCCGGAUUGACUGCUGUUGAGUUCGACACCAUGCCGCUGGGCACUGUCCUUGAUGUGGCGUUCGAUGGUGCGGACGAGGUCGACGAGGAUCUGAACUGCAUCAAGGGCGGUGGUGCAUGCUUGUUCCAGGAGAAGAUCGUCGCUAUGCAGGCGAAGGAGUUCAUCUGUGUCGCAGACCACCGCAAACUCCAACCCCGUCUCCUCACAAACUGGAAAGCAAUCCCAAUUGAGGUCGCCCCCAUCGCCGCCCACCGUGUUAUCUCUAAGUUGAAGGAACUCGGUAGUAUCGACCCCACCAUUCGCGCGUCCGCCAGCGCCAAGGAAGGUCCCCUCAAGACCGACCAGGGCUUCUUCAUUAUCGAUGCCCCCUUCAAGUCCAUGCUGAUCAAGGCCGAUAUCGAGGCUGGCCAGGAUGGCAACGGCAAGGAUGGUGUGUGGGCGGUUGAUGUAUUGGCUCGCAAGAUCAAGGAGAUUGUUGGUGUCCUUGAGGUCGGUAUUUUCCAUGGCCAGACCGGCCCCCAGGCUACUAUUGCCGGUGGUAUUGGGGGUCAGCGCCCGGUCGCGACCUACUUCGGUAUGGCUGAUGGGUCGGUCACUGUUCGCAAGGCUGAAUAG